AUGGAUCACUGUACAAGCACCUGUGAAAAGUCGUUGAAAGAGGUGCUCUAUGGAGCUGAUUUUGUAUGUGCUCGUGGACUACUCAAACGAGUAGCACACUCUCCGUAUAAAAACAAACUCGUAGAGUUGAAGGUGACGAAUUAUCGCAGGGAAGAUAAGGACAACAAAGAAUGGUUCUUACAAUCGUAUUUCAUGGGCAUCACCGACAUCUAUGCUUGUUACGAUGAAAGAGGAGUUGUCAAAAAGGUCAAACCUUUGCUCGUUAAAAACCUUUGCGAAGCAAGCGAAGUAGACGUAUGCAUGAACCUGCUCUAUAAAGUGCUAAAUAAGAUAAAAUCAAUGCUAGAACACGAUGGCAAUGUCUGCACCAUCGAGCAUGUAGAAGGUAGCCGCGAAGCAAAAAUCUGCCUUGUGGCUUCUACGGAUAUGUUCUCCUCCGAAUUCAAAAAGCAAUAUGAAGUGGAAUAA